AUGCCACGCUUUUCUCUUGAUUCCGAUGACCACUCAGAGAAUGAGUCACCGGGCUCAUUUUCGAGCAACGACCAUCACCUUAGAGAAUUUUCAUCUAAACUUUCCAUGCAAAAUGAUUGUGCAAUUGGUCAUCGUGUGCAAGCCUCUCGGUCUGUGCUAGCUGUGGCCUUGGAUGAAGAGUGUGUUUUUGCUGGACUGCAAGGGGGUGAUAUACUGGCGUGGUCGUUAGCCACCUAUGAGCUGGUAUUAUCUAUUCCGGCACAUGGGGAAAGUGUUUUGAGUUUGUUCAUCUCUCCGGAUGGACAAUUACUUUUCUCCAGUGGUUCAGAUUCCGUGGUGAAUGUCUGGUCAACGUCAACUUUCGAAAGACUGUACACCAUUUAUUCUCAUCAUGAUGUUGGUGAUAUUUUCACUGUCGUCUACUCACAACAACUGAACACAGUCUUUUGCGGCGGACAGAACACAAGUCUGCAGUGGUGCAAUUUGUCUACCGAUGGAGAGGGCGCGGUUGCUCGACACCCAUCUCAGCGAACACAUCGAUUCUUUGACUCCCGAGGGCCGGGUGGCAGCAUCAAUCCUCAAUCAGACGACUCAGACGAUCCUAGUUUGACCGAUAACAGUGGAAAAACUUUGACAUUUAACCGCGAUCAGCAUAGACUAUUCUCCCAUCAUGGUUACAUCUAUUGCAUGAUUAUCGUCCAAGGCUUGAUAGAAUCUGCUCCAUCGGAAGAAGUGCUGUUGACUGGAUCUGGUGACGGAUCUGUCAAAUUAUGGAGGUUGACCCACGAGAACAAUGGAGCUCCAAUUCCGUGGUUUGAAGUCGAGAACGGUGACGAUGCUGUUUUGUCACUUGCUAUUGAGGGCUCUUUAUUGUAUUGUGGUCUAGCUGGUGGUGCUCUCAAUAUCUGGAAUCUCGACUCCCAACAGCUUGUCAAGCAAAUUACCGAACAUCAAGGAGAUUUGUGGGCUCUUGAUAUUAUGGACGGUAUAGCAAUCGCCGGUGACGCUGAAGGAGUCGUCAAGAAAUUUGAUUCGAACUUCGAAGAGAUUGGCUGCUGGACAGCCCACCAGGGCACAAUUCUUGCCUCUACCACAAGAGUUUCCAACAAUAGGCGUAUCUAUGCGACUGGCGGAAAUGACAAUUCUGUCGCUAUCUGGGAUAUAGCUGGGCCCCCGGAGCAAAAGGAAAUCCAGCAUUUUGGCAAUGACGACAUGGUCAAUACUCUGUUCAAGUUUGUUUCUUACCGGACAAUUUCAUCUAGUCCCAAGUUCUCGGUUGAAUGUAACCAAGGAGCCACGUUCCUGCGCCGGCACUGUGCGUUUUUGGGAGCGACAACUAAACUACUGCAGACUGUGGCAGAUACCAAUCCGGUAGUGUAUGCUAGAUUUUCGGCAUCUAACCCUGGACCGGAUGUCAAGACUAUCUUGUUUUACGGACAUUACGAUGUUGUUGGUGCUGACAACAACCAACAUAAAUGGAGAACAGACCCUUUUCAGCUUGCUUCUGUUGAUGGAUAUUUGUACGGUCGUGGUGUUUCCGACAACAAAGGUCCGAUUCUUGCAGCUGUGUAUGCAGCAGCGGAUCUGGUCAGACGCAAAGCUCUUGGCUGUGACAUCGUAUUCAUGAUUGAAGGUGAAGAAGAAUCUGGGUCGCAAGGGUUCGAAAGAGCAGUUCGCGAAAACAAGGAUCUAAUCGGGAAGGUUGAUUGGAUACUACUCGCUAACAGUUAUUGGCUUGAUGACCAUAUCCCUUGUCUCACCUAUGGUCUUCGCGGCGUAGUUCAUGCCAAUCUGAUUAUUACCAGCGACCAUCCUGAUCUUCACAGUGGCAUUGACGGAAGUUCAUUGCUUGACGAACCUUUGAAAGACCUCUCCCUACUGCUUGCGACCUUCAUUGGACGUAAAGGCCACAUCAACUUUCCCAACUUCUACGAUACAGUGGCAGAUAUGACCAAAGCGGAAGAACAACGGUUUCAAGCAAUUACGGAUGCGAUGCUUCCAUUGCACCCUCAGAUCGAAGACCGCGAAGCGUUCCCCCAUUUCUUGAGGUAUCGGUGGCGCGAACCAUCAUUCACUGUUCACUCAAUCGAAGUGCCAAGUAAUAAGAAUACGGGUACUACCAUAUCUCGACGAGCCAAGGCUACGUUGUCAGUACGAAUCGUACCUAAUCAAAGUGCCGACGAGAUUGCAUCGGCGCUCACUGCGUUUGCUCAGGAGCAGUUCGAUUUGCUAGACUCCCAAAAUGAGUUGACGAUUGAGAUCACUGGAAAAGCCGACCCCUGGUUAGGCGACCCUGAUAACGAAAUAUUCGGUACCUUGGCCGAAGCUAUCUCCGCAGCAUGGACUCCAAACUUGAACGAAAAACGAUACAACUAUCCUCAACCUCAAUCCAAGGCGACCAUGCGAUCAUUUGGCGCGGAGCUUAACCGCACUGAUUCGAACGAUAGCGUGGCAUCUCAUAUCGAUCGAAUAAUCUCUUCAUCAACAACUUCGUCGAAAAAGAAAGCACAAAGAAAACAAAGUGCAUCCAACGCCACUGUGGUACCGACCUCUUCAACCUUGACAGGAAUAAGAACGAACGGAAAGCAGGGUGACGAUGUUGCUGAUCAUCCCGAAGAUUCACUAUCCCCUUCUUCUUCGCUGGUCUCUUUACCAACACACGGCCAUGGAAAUGGAGAUGGCAUUUCUCGCCAUGACACUGCCACCUCACCACCACCUACUUCCGCAUGGCCAACUCACAUCGAACCCCCCACGCCCGUGAAACCAAUCUAUAUUCGUGAAGGCGGAUCGAUCCCCACAAUCCGGUUCUUAGAAAGAGAGUUCUCAGCACCUGCCGCCAACUUGCCCUGUGGACAGGCCAGUGAUCAUGCACAUUUAGAUAAUGAGCGACUUCGGGUGAUGAAUCUGUAUAAGAGUCGUGAAAUCUUUGGAUGGGUCUUUGAAAAAUUACCUCAACGCGGUAAUAAAUAA